CUCUGGGUCUCCCCUCGAAUUCCCUUCAGGAUUUCCCCUGGAAAUUCCCCUGGAUCCCUUCAGGAUCUCCCGUGGAAUUCCUCCUGGAUCCCUUCAGCAUUUCGCCUGGAAAUUCCCCUGGAUCCCCUCGGGAUUUCCCCUGGAUCCCCUCAGGAUUCCCUCUGGAAAUUCCCCUGCAUCCCCUCAGAAUUCCCGCUGGAAUUUCCAAUGGAUCCCCUCAGGAUUGAAGGAAUUCCCUCAAUCCAAACUUUCCCAUCUGCAUCAAAUCCCCUCAUUGAUUUUUUUUUUUUUUUCUUUUUUGGAUGGCAGAGGAGAAAUAUUCCCGAAAUCCUGAAUUCUGUUCCCAUCAGGAGCCUCUUUCCCUUAAAUCCACUUUCACCAGCUCCAAAAAUCCCUGGAAAUGGAAUUUUCCCACAGUUUAAGGACACAAAAAUCCCUCUGGGGCAAUUAUUCUUUUGUUCUUUCCCUGGAUUUGAUGGCACCAGUGGGAUUUAUCACUUAAUUCCCACCUGGAAGUGAUGGAAUCCUGGCUGGAAUUCAUCUAGGCUCUAUGGAAAAGGAGCUGUUCCUGUUUUAGUGGGAAUUUAAGAGCUGGAAUUUCCUCCAUCCUGGUUUUAAACCUUUUUUUUUUUUUUCCCAUGGUUUUAAACGGGAUUUUUUUUUUCAUGGGAAUAAAAACCAAGGUGGGAAAACAAAUGUGAAAAAUUAAAUCCAGAAUAAAUCAACUUUUCCACAUCCCGUUUUUUUUUUUUUUUUUUUUUCUUUUUCUGGAUGAAAAACCUGGAAAAAUUUUGGCAACCAAGAUUUCUGUGGAUUCAGGGAAUGAAAACUUGGGUUGGAUUGGAAUAAACCUGAACAGCUUUUGAGGGAUUCGAUCCUGGAUUUUCUCUGGAUUUUGGAAUUCUGACAAUCCUUGGAUAUUUCUGGUUGUUCAAAGGAAUAAAAACGUGGAAAAGCAACCCCAAAUAUUCCCAAUUCUGUGGCUUGGGAGCCUCCAAUUUUGGGAUGAAUGGAUUGAAUUCCCAGAAUUAAUUAUCCCAGAGGACAAAACUCUGCUCCUUGGGAAAAAAUUCCAUUAAAAAAUUCCAAAGAACUUCAUAGAUACCAGGGAUUUCCACAUCCAGCUCCACAAAAUUCACUUUUACUCCGAUCCAGUGUUUUUUUUCUUUUUCUCUGUUUUUCGGUCGAUUCCGUGACUUUUAUCCCAAGAAAUGGAGACCAGGAUUUAUUCCCAAGAGUUUUUCCUCCUGGAAAUACUCAUGGACUAUUUUGUUGUGGAAUUAAUCCUUAAUUCUCACCAGAAAGCUGAGGCUUUAUCCCAAUCUUUCGGGGGGGAAAAAGGGGGAUAAUGAGAGUUGGAACAGGCAGGGACUUGAAAGAAACAAUUUCAUCCCAAAAAAGGACAAAAUUCAUUGGAAAAGUGGAAAAUUUUGGGACAAGCAGCUCUGAUUUCCUCAAUAUUCCCAAAUUUCCUUCAAAACAGCUCUGAGUGGGAAUGGGAAGAACUGACCUGGAUGGAAAACACAGAAUUUAUGGGGGUGUUUUUGGGGGAUAAUUAAUUGAUCCCAGGCUUGGCUUCUUUUCCAGGAUCCCCUUUGGGAUUUUGGGGCUGGGAAUUUGGGGCUGGGAUGUGUGGAUUUGGAAUUUUGGGAGGAAUUGGGGAUUUUCCCUUCCCUGCUGAUGGCUCCCCCCUUUUCCCCAGGAUAUGGCACCUGGAGCACCGGGGCUGCCAGCACCCAGGGUUCCUACACCACGAACACAACGAGCUGGCAAGGCUAUGAGGGCUAUGAGUUCUACACCCCCCCCAGCUCGGCUCCGACCCCUCCGGGAGCCUCCUACGGCUACGGGGGAGGGGCGGCCUCGGGCGGAUCCUGGGAUCCUCCCAAAGCCGCCGAGCUGGGGCUGGGAUCCAGCGAGGGAUCCGCAGGGACCGGGACCGCCUUCGGAUCCGCGGGGUCGGCGUCGGGAACCGCCUUCGGAUCGUCGGGAUCGGGAACCGCCUUCGGAUCGUUGGGAUCCGCCUUCGGAUCGUCGGGGUCGGGAUCGGGAGCCGCCUUCGGAUCGUCGGGAUCCGCCUUCGGAUCCGCGGGGUCGGGAUCGGGAGCCGCCUUCGGAUCGUCGGGAUCGGGAUCGGCCUUCGGGACGGGAUCGGGAACUUUCGGAUCCGCGGGAUCCGCCUACGCGUCGGGAUCGUCGGGAUCCGCCUACGCGUCGGGAUCCGCUUACGGGUCGGGCUCCAGCUACGCAUCGGGAUCGGGAUCGGGAUCGGCGCUGGGUUUGGGCUCGGCGGAGAUGGGGGCCGGCUCCGACUCCAUCAUUGCCAAGAUCAACCAGCGGCUGGACCUGCUGGCCAAGGAGGGCACGGCGGGGGACGGCGGCCACCAGCAGGACAGCUCUUUCCGCUUCGACUCCUUCUCCUCGUUCGAGUCCCGUCCGUCGCGGGAUCCGGUCCGGGAUCCGUUCCGGCCCGGAUUUCCGUUCCCCGACCCCGCCCCCGAGCGGGACCCGGCCCCGCCCCGCGGCUCCCUGGGGCUCAUGCGCGCCGCCUCCGCCACUUCCGGUUCCGCUUCCGCUCGCAGCCGCUUCCGGCGCCGACUUCCGGAACCGUUCCCGUCCGGAUCCCGCUGGAACGAGCUGCAAUUCCCGGGAAAUAUUCCUGGAAAUCGAGGCUCUCCUGGAUCCCGAGGGCUGCCCUCGCUCUUCUCCCAAGCUCUGGGACCGGAGUAUCCCGAUUAUCCCGAUUAUCCCGAUUAUGAUUAUGGGGAUUAUCCAGAUUAUCCCGAUUAUCCCGGCGAUUAUCCCGGCGAUUUGGGAAUGCUGGGAAUGGCGGGAAUGGGCCGUGGUCCCUAUGGGAUGAGGAGGAGGGACAGGAUGGGAGCCCUGCCCUGGAACGGCGGCCUGCACGUGGCCCGGCGCCGCGGGUUCCGCGCUCGCUCCGGGGGGCGCUGGGACCCCGAGGGGACCCGGAAACGGAAACGCUCCCGGAGCGGGGACGGGAACGACGACGGGAACGACGACGACGGGAACGACCCCGGGAACGACGACGGCACCGACGAUCCCAAAAUCCCCCGGAGCGACAGCGACGGCAACGACCGAGACUCGGAGCGCGGAGAAGAAGGGGAAGGAGAGGAAAAAUCCUUGGAUGAGGCAGACAGAGCGUCCGAGGAUGAGGAUGAGGAGGUGAAGAAGAAACGGGAGAAGCAGCGGAGGAGGGACCGGCUCAGGGACCGGGCCAUGGACAGGAUUCAGUUUGCCUGCUCCGUGUGCAAAUUCCGGAGUUUGGAAGAAGAAGAAAUCCAGAGGCACCUGCAGAGCAAAUUCCACCGGGACACGCUGCGCUACAUCGGCACCAAACUGCCCGACAAAACCGUGCAGUUCCUGCAGGAAUACAUCGUGAACAGGAACCGGAAAAUCGAGAAGCGGCGCCAGGAGCUGACGGACAAGGAGGGCCCCAAGCAGAGACCCGACCCCUUCAAGGGGAUCGGGCAGGAGCACUUCUUCAAGCGCAUCGAGGCCGCGCACUGCCUGGCGUGCGACGUGCUGAUCCCGGCCCAGGGCCGGCUCCUGCAGCGCCACCUGCGCUCGGCCGAGCACAACCGGAGCCGCAGGCUGGCGGCUGAGCAGUUCAAGAAGUCGAGCCUGCACGUGGCCAAGAGCGUCCUGAACAACAAACACAUCGUGAAAAUGCUGGAAAAAUAUCUGCAGGGCGAGGAUCCCUUCUCCGAGGAGCCCCCCCAGGACCCCCCCUCAGGAGCAGCCCCGGAUUCCCCGAGAGCUCCCGGAAUUCCCGAAAUUCCCGGAAUUUUCCCCCAACCCCAGGAAUUCCCAGCCGGGCCGGAGCCGCCGCCCCCCCCCAGGCCCCUCCUGAUGCCUCCGUUCCUGCAGGAUGAGGAAGAGGAGGAGGAAGAGGAGGAGGAAAAAAAUCCCGGAAUUCCUGGAAAUUCCCGGGAAAACCCGGCAGGGAAAUCCGGGAUUUCCCCCCAGAGUCAAACUGAGGGAGGGGAGGGAAAAGAGAGGGGGGGAAGGGAGGGAAGAAAUCUCGGGAAAGAGGAAAAAAUCCUGGAAAAGGAGGAGGGAAAAAUCCCGGAAAAGGAAGAGGAAAAAAUCCCGGAAAAGGAAGAGGAAAAAAUCCCGGAAAAGGGGGAGGAAAAAAUCCCGGAAAAGGAGGAAAAUAUCCUGGAAAAGGAGGAAAGAAUCCCGGAAAAACAGGAAAGAAUCCCGGAAAAGGAGGAAAAAAUCCUGGAAAAGGAGGAAAAAGUCCCGGAAAAGGAGAAAGAAAUCCUGGAAAGGGAGGAAAAAUUUCUGGAAAAGGAGGAAAAAAUCCUGGAAAAGGAGGGAAAAUUCCUGGAAAAGGAGAAAAAGAUCCCGGAGAAGGAGGAAAAUAUCCUGGAAAAUGAGGAAAAAAUCCCAGGAAACGAAGAAAAAAUCCCAGAAAAGGAGGAAAAAAUCCCGGAAAAAAAGGAAAAAAUCCCGGAAAAGGAGGAAGAAAAAAACUUGGAAGAGUCCUGAAAAUUCCAGGAAAAGGUGAGGCUUGGAUCCACGAAAUUUGGAUUUUUCCAGAGGAUUUGCCACAGAUUUGGAAUUUUUUUGUUUGUUUGUUUGUUUUGGUUUUUUUUUUUUUUUGUUUUCCAGAGGUUUUUUUUCCACACUGAGCUUGGGAUUUUGGGGAUAAUUCCUGGGGAAUUUUUGUUUUUUUGAAUAAUUUUUUUUUUAAUUUUUUUUUUUUUUUACAGUUCCUGCUUUUUUUAAUUUUUUUUUUUUUGUUUUGUUUUGUUUUGGUUUUUGGUUUUUUUUUUUUGGUUUUUUUUUUGUGUUUUUUUUUU